GAAGCAUGGAAUGAUGUACAACUAAACAGCAGGACUACUAUCACCAUUUACGUGUCUUUCCAGUAUGAAGUUUCUUCUGUUACUUUGUCUAUGUGUCGGUGGAGCCCUGACUCACGGUAAUGAAGAUUAUGAUGAUUAUGAUGCGGAGGCAAAACCGACACCAGCACCCAAAGAAGCGAUAGAUCCUCGGGGCCAUCGGCCUGUUAGUAGAGGGGAAGUCUACAUACCUGUAGCUGCACCACCUCCAGUUAGUGGACGUGGCCGUUACAGAACGCGACCCACAACUGCACCGACAGGACAACCUCAAGAGGAGAAGGAAGAGCAGCCAGACCAUGGCGGAUGUGUCCAUGCCUCUGAGACAAUGGGUGUGCUGUGUCCUACAGGCUGUGAACUGAAAACAGCUUUGCUGAAGCAGGAACGCAACGUUAAGCCAACCGUGGCCCAACUGAAGAGAGAAGUGGAUGCCCUGUCUCAGACCUCAAACUCUGUUUAUAGAUAUGUGACAGACAUGACUACAGAGGUCACGGAGAGGCAGAAGAUCAGUGAUGGUAAUGGCCAAAUGGUUAGCCAGUACACAGAUGACCUGGAGGUUCAGCAUGCCUUUGUAAAGGAGGCUAUAGACGUCACCUUUCCUCAGAACAUUAAGAUCCUACAAGGUGUCCUGGAGAAGAUUAGGGACAAGAUCCAGCGCAUUGAGAAGGCAAUCAUCGCCCAGAGGGACAAGUGUGCAGAACCGUGCAAAGUCUCAUGCCCAAUUCCUGUGGUUUCUGGGAAAGACUGUGAGGACAUCUUCCGGAAGGGAGGAGAAGCAUCUCAGAUGUACCUUGUGCGGCCAGAGCUCUUACAAACACCUUACAGGGUCUAUUGUGACCAGAUAACCCAAGAUGGAGGCUGGCUACUUGUCCAAAGCCGUUUGGAUGGUAGUGUGGACUUUGGCAGGCGUUGGGAUGACUACAAGAGAGGUUUCGGAAAUAUUGCCUUUGACGUUGGGAAAGGUUACUGCGAAACUCCUGGUGAGUACUGGCUGGGUAAUGACCGUAUCAGUCAGCUGACCAAGAUGGGCCCGACUGAAAUCCUGAUUGAAAUGCAGGACUGGACAGGUGCUAAGGUUUAUGCCCGAUACCAGCAGUUCACAGUGCAAGGGGAGCCUUCAAACUAUAUCCUGGCAAUAGACAAGUACUCAGGCACAGCUGGAAACACAUUCCUGGAAGGAGCAAAGGAACUGUUUGGUCAAAACCGCACCAUGACCAUCCACAAUGGCAUGAUGUUUAGCACAUAUGACAGAGACAAUGACAGAUGGGUACCUGGGGAUCCUUCUAAGCAGUGUUCAAGAGAAGACGGUGGUGGAUGGUGGUACAAUCAGUGCCACUCGGCCAAUCCUAAUGGCCGAUACUACUGGGGUGGUGCCUACACAAAGUACAUGGCAAAACAUGGAACAGAUGACGGUGUUGUAUGGAUGAACUGGAAGGGCUCAUGGUACUCUCUUAAGGCCAUCAGCAUGAAGAUCAGACCUUUCUUUGCAGAUAAAUAAAGUCCUGUUGUUUAAAAAACAACUGAAAUGAGACUUGUCCUAAAGUUUUGUCUCUCAUCACAGUGCUACUCAUGGUCAAAUCUAAGGAAAAUAAUAAAAGUACAACUAUAAUAAGAAGAAAAAGACAUUGUUGAAAUAAAAUUAUAUAAAAAAACACCAAACAACUAUGUUUGGUUCCUCAUACAAAGUGUAAAAAGAAGCUGCUUACGGGAAGAAUGUUGUGUAUUAUGAGUAUGUACAGUGUAUUGUUUGAAUAUGAGGUAAUCUCAAUAUCCUGUACAAAACUUGAAGGAUAAAUGUGAUCUAUGAAGUUCUCAUUAAAGUUAACCUACAAUGA